AUGGAAGAUGCUGAUGACAUUGAGGAUGAUGAUGACUCUAAUUCGUAUUCAGAUGAUGAUGACUAUAGUGGUUAUGAUGGUUCUGAUGAUUGGUAUCAUAUGAAGAUGACGAUGAAGAAGAAGUUCUGCGGUGGUGGCAAACUUGGUGGCCUUGGCGGUGGCUUUGGUGGCGGAGCUGGUGUAGGAGGCGGGCUGGGUGAAGGUGGCAGUCAUGGUUUUCGUGGAGGCAGUGGGCUCGGUGGCCUAGGCGGUGGAUUUGGUUGUGGUGCUGGUGGAAGACUUGGCGUUGUAUCAGAUAAUGCUGAUCAGGAGAGCCUUGUCAAGGCAACACUUAGUGGUGUGAAGGCCGUGCCGUUGAAGCCGCUUUACCCUCAUGUCAUGUGCUCAGAAACCUGUGGCAGCACGUUCUGCGGCACAGGAAGUUUACCCCAUGGCAAAGCUGCCGUCACAGAGGCUGAAGAAGGCACUGCCAGUAAGCAGACGGCGCCUGCGCCUGAAUCUCCGCCACCAUCUCAGAAAUGGAAGAAGAGUUGUUUUGAUGACUUUCCAGAAGAUGGCUUAAAUGUGCCCCUCAGGCUUGAAAAAGUUGCAAAUGAGUUGAAACGCGAUCAGGAAGCCAUUGCUUUUAUUACUUCUACCCUUUCCCAAGAGGUGCUGGUGCAUGCUCCUGACGAGUGUUCAGUGACGGAAUUAUGGGACAAGCUUGUGAAAGCUUAUUCACAGAUCUUGGAAGCUAGCAUCUCUUAUCUUCAACGAGAAUUUCAUAGGCUCACAAAGGUUGUGGAUUAUUCAAGAAGGGAGCAUGCAAGAGUUCCUCAUUGCUCAAGUAGUAGAAAAGGCAAGAGAACCAAAGAAGUAAUUCUCUUGAUCGAAGAGGAGGAGGGCAGUGAUCAUGCAGAGAAGCUGAAGACAAGAAACAGGAGUUCGAAUGUGCAGAAAGGUAAGACAGCGAAGGAUGACAAUGAUGUUGAAAUGAGAAAGUUUGGAAGGAAAAAGAGGUGUUCAACAUGGAAAGGGAAUGAACCAUUAGACACAUCUUCUAGGGUUUCUCGAAGGUUAUGGAGGACAAAAAUGAAAUGCAGGAAGCUACGGAUCACAAUUUGCUCCUAUAUCAGAGCAAUUGAGCUCAUGAGCAGUAGGGAUGAUAAUGAGGAUUCAAAUUCGCCUUUGAGAAGCUACCAAGAAGGAAUGCACUCGAACGUCAUGAAAGUAAGAGAAAAAGUAUUUGUUGAUCUAGUCAGCAGUGAGGAUGAUGAUAUGAAGGGAGGAGAAAAAUUCAAGACAAAAGAGCAAGAAGAAGAAGAAGAUACUGACAAUGAUGACGAUGGUGAUGACUAUAUUGGUUAUGAUGACCAGUCUGAUUCAUAUGAUGAUGACUAUAGUAGUUAUGAUGGUUAUGAUAACCAGUAUAAUUAUGAAGAUGACGAUGAAGAAGAAGGUGGAGGCUUUGAUGCCGGUGGAGGACGGUUCGGUGGUGGUGGCGAACUUGGUGGCCUUGGCGGUGGCUUUGGUGACGGAGCUGGUGUUGGAGGUGGGCUAGGUGGAGGUGGCGGUCGUGGUUUUCGUGGAGGCGGUGGGCUCCGUGGCCUAGGCGAUUGA